CAUUGUCCUGCUGAGAAAAUCCUGAUUACUGAUGGGUUUGUGUGUGUGACUGUUUGUAGGUUAGUGAAAGAUUGCUGUGGCUGUAGAUAAGAGGAUUAUGGUGGAAUUAGUGUCAUUCCUCUAUCGCCGCGAGGAAUAGAUUCAUAUCGAUUUUAAUCAGAGAUAGAAAGAUCCACAAAACCGCAGCUAAAACAGACAGAGACAGACCGCGAGAGAGAGAGGAGUGAAUGAAUCUGGGGGGACGGCAGAGACAACAGAAGAUUCCUGGAGCUCAUCGCAGCCGGGAUGUUCAGCUGGAGACUGAGGAGCUGCACAAACACCUGCUGCAGAGAUAUAUGCGUGUGAAGAUACACGUAGGAACAUAUAUAUGUGCAUUUAAGAGAGAACUUCAAGAUAUCACUCAUGUAUUUGCCUUGUUUGGAUGUCUUGCCUGUGUUCUGGAGCUCUCUGGUUGAGGAAACCUCCAGCCACCGUGGGAUGCGUUAGUCUGCAGGGUGGUCUGGCCGGUUGACUGCAGAGACGUGGAGCUGGUGUGUGUCGCUGCGGCCGGGAUGCUGGCGUUGUGUCAGUUGUGGCGGGGAAACCUGUGAAACAUGAAGGUGGACGUGCUGACUUGCCUGGCUCUGGCUGUGGCCAGCCUCGUUGCCAUGGUGACCGGCGGUCGCAGCUCUGGACGCAGGAAGCACAAGGAGGUCUUCCUCGGGGAGAACAGGAAGUUCAAGUUUGGAGGCAGACGGCUGACCACUGCAAGAAAUAUCCCAGCUUUUGGCAAAGGGCGCAUUGACUACAAACUGAAGAGGCAGGAUAGCACCAAAACGCUGCUAAUAAAAAGUGAACAGCUGCUGAGAAUCGAGGAGCACGACUUCGCUAUGAGGCCAGGCUUCGGAGGUGGAGCCAUCCCUGUAGGCAUCGAUGUGCAGGUGGAGAGCAUCGACAGCAUCUCCGAGGUCAACAUGGACUUCACCAUGACUCUGUACCUGCGUCACUACUGGAAAGACGAGCGGCUGGCAUUUCCGUCCCGAAACAAUCAGAGCAGGACGUUUGACUCGAGGCUUGUGAAGAAGAUUUGGGUUCCUGACGUCUUCUUCGUCCACUCCAAGCGCUCCUUCAUCCACGACACCACUAUGGAGAACAUCAUGCUGCGGGUUUACCCCGACGGAAACAUCCUCUACAGCGUCAGGGUUACUGUGACGGCUCUCUGCUCGAUGGACUUCAGCAGCUUCCCUCUGGACACACAGAACUGCUCGCUGGAGCUGGAGAGCUAUGCGUAUAAUGAGAACGACCUGAUGCUUUACUGGAAGAAUGGGAACGACUCUCUGAGGACGGAUGAGAUCGCCUUGUCUCAGUUCUUCAUUGAGCAUUUCCAAGCCUCCAGUGGCCUGGCUUUCUACAGCAGCACCGGUUGGUACAACCGUCUGUUCAUUAACUUCAUCCUGCGGAGGCACAUCUUCUUCUUCCUGCUGCAGACGUACUUUCCCACCAUGCUGAUGGUCGUUCUGUCCUGGGUUUCCUUCUGGAUCGACAGGAGGGCCGUCCCUGCUCGCGUCUCUCUGGGUAUAACCACAGUGCUCACAAUGUCCACCAUCAUAACAGGAGUGUCCUCCUCCAUGCCUCAGGUGUCGUAUGUGAAAGCGGUGGACAUCUACCUGUGGACCAGCUUCCUGUUUGUCUUCCUGUCUGUGAUCGAAUACGCGGCCGUGAACUACUGCACCACUCUGGAGGAGAUGAGGAAGAUGAAGAGGGGGAAGAUCCCAUCCACCUUCAACGCCAGCCAGGCGAUGGCCUUCGACGGCUGCUUCCAUGACAAUGACAUUGAGCUGACCCCGUUCCCCCGCAUGGCACCCACCCUGACCUCUGACCCCCUCACCACGCCGAUCCAAACCCCAGACAUCCGGCCCACGGAGGGGACUCGCCUCCGCCGGCAGCGGUCUGUGCGUGAAAACGUGAACCUGCUGGUCAGCAACAGCUACAUGAUCGACUCCUACUCCCGUCUCGCCUUCCCUCUGUCCUACCUGCUCUUUAACACCAUCUACUGGAGCCUGUACUCCUGAUCCAGCACUGCAAACUCUCCAUGAACUCACUUUAACACGAGUCCAAGUGUUGAGUCAGAGAGCAUGCUGGAGGAUCUGCCUCUCCACGGGGCUCCACUGAGUUAACUCUUCAUCACAGGAGCCCCUUCAGCUCCAGCUUCAUCACUAAUCAUGUUCUUUACAAGAGACAUAAAAGCGCUCGACUUCCUCAGACUUCCUCAGAGUUCACCCUGACAUUUGUCUCAUGGGAGUGAGUUGAAUCCUGAGAAAGUAAUGGAUCCUGGUUAGUUUUUUUAAAUAAUCUGUACAUGUGACUCUUCUUUCUGUGCUUCAUAAGAAUCUUAUACUCAAAGCUCUUAUUUCUAAAGGUCAUUACACGUCUGUCGGUACCUUUAUCUAUUUCCUUAGCUGCAGGGAAAUACUAAAUUAGAAAUUUAUGUGAAAAUGUUCUUUUUUUGAAAAAUAUCCUUCCCCCUUUUGAUGAAUGAUGUGAGUGGAGCCAACUGACUACUGUACAAGUAAUUAAAUAACUUUUCUCAUAAAAUUUUUAUCUUGUUCAUGAGGAUGUAAAAGUUAAUUUAUGUGUACAGCAGGGCCAUAUUGUUCUUUUGUGUGUGUGAGAAUUGGGGGGAGGAUAGCAACCUGCAGGGAUGUUACAAUUAAAAACUAACACAUGA